GCUGCCUCUGCUGCCUCCUCCGCUGCUCCGCUCCGCCGUGCGAGUGUCUGCUGGGGCCCGAGCAGCGGGCGGCGGCGGCGGCAGUGGCAGUGGCAGGGGCAGGGACAUGGAGCCCGGGGCCGGGGGCUGGAGCGCCGCUCGCGGGAAGGGGGCCGGGCCCCCGGGCGGCCAGCCGCCUCGAGAGCAGGAGCGGAAGCUGGAGCAGGAGAAGCUCUCGGGGUUGGUGAAGAGCGUCCACCGGCGGCUCCGCAAGAAGUACCGCGAAGUUGGAGAUUUUGAUAAGAUCUGGAGAGAGCACUGUGAGGAUGAAGAAACACUCUGUGAAUAUGCUGUUGCAAUGAAAAAUCUUGCAGAUAAUCAUUGGGCAAAAACUUGUGAAGGGGAAGGUCGUAUUGAAUGGUGUUGCAGUGUAUGCAGAGAAUAUUUCCAAAAUGGUGGAAAGAAGAAAGCCCUUGAAAAAGAUGAAAAAAGAGCUGUGCUUGCUGCUAAGAGUGCACCAGCCUUAAGUGUUAACGAUUCAUCUAAGUUUGAAGAUCAUUUAACCAACUUCAGCUUUACAAACCCUGAAUAUAUAACUGAGUUGCUACAACCCUCAGGAAAGAUCAGAUUACUUGAUGUUGGCAGCUGCUUUAAUCCAUUUUUAAAAUUUGAAGAAUUUCUGACUGUUGGCAUAGACAUUGUACCUGCUGUGGAGAGUGUCUAUAAAUGUGACUUCCUGAACCUUCAGCUUCAGCAGCCGCUCCAACUUGCACAAGAUACAAUAGAUGCCUUUUUGAAACAGCUGAAAAACCCAAUUGAUUCUCUUCCUGGAGAGCUUUUUCAUGUAGUUGUUUUCUCUCUCCUUCUUUCUUAUUUCCCAUCACCUUAUCAGCGGUGGAUUUGUUGCAAAAAAGCCCAUGAACUUUUAGUAUUAAAUGGCCUGUUACUCAUCAUCACUCCUGACUCCUCCCAUCAGAACCGACAUGCUAUGAUGAUGAAAAGCUGGAAGAUUGCUAUAGAGUCUCUAGGCUUUAAACGUUUCAAGUAUUCAAAAUUUUCUCACAUGCAUCUAAUGGCAUUUAGGAAAAUCUCUCUAAAAACUACCAUUGACUUGGUUAGCAGGAACUAUCCAGGAAUGUUAUAUAUUCCACAAGAUUUCAACAGUGUAGAAGAUGAGGAAUACUCUAAUCCUUCCUGUUAUGUCCGAUCUGAUGUAGAAGAUGAACAGCUGGCUUAUAGUUUCACAGAGCUUCCUGAUGCUCCAUAUGACUCAGAUUCUGGAGAAAGUCAAGCAAGCUCAAUUCCUUUCUAUGAGCUAGAAGAUCCCAUAUUACUUUUAAGUUAAUAUAAAUGCAAAAAAGCCCUUUUCAGUCAAGACUCCUUUCUUGCCUAAACUAAUUUGAGAUAUUAACAUGGGCUCAGUACUUAAAAACACGGUUUGCAUAGAAAAAUUGCAAAGGUUUACAGAGUUUGCUAUUUUUUUCUACUUCUAAAUUUUAAAAUUUAUUCUUAUAUAAAAAGCUUAAAAUUUCAUGCAAAAUGACUCAUGGUGUAGCAGAAACUACUGUUACAAUCUUUAGGAUUUGUAGCACUAAAAUAUAGAAAGGUACAUUGUUCUCUUCAGUGCUGUUGUGUGAAAUGAAGCAUCAUUUUGCUAUGUUUUCCUUUUUUAUUUUUUACUUUUAAAUACUGUUGGAAUUUAAGAUGAAUUGGGGAAAUUUGAGGUAUUUGCAUAGAGAGCUGUAGUUUGCACUUUGACUCACAAGUUAAAUUUGAUGUGAAGUAAAAGACUGGGUUGUUUGGGGGGGGUUUUGGACGCACUUAUCAAUUUUUUUUCUUUUUUGGUAGCAAAAGUAUUGUCUGUAGCAGAAAGCUGUUUUCCGUUCAAUUUUGGCUGAUGAACCAAUAUUGCCUGUGCUUUAUGGAUAUUAGUAAUAAUACUCAUUGUGGUUUCUUUUCUUCUGCUGUUAUAAAAAGCUUAACCAGAAUUUGGUAGGGAUGAGGAAUGUGUGGCAUAGUAUCACAGUCAAGCAAGAAUAUCAUACAUUGCAUUCUUUUGUAAAUUUUGACAAAAUUAAUUUUUUACUCCAAAGUGAAACCUUUGGGGGAGAAGGCUUUGUAAAUGAAUUCCAUUAACCUAAUUAAGCAGUUAGUAUUUUCAUACAUCUCAUAUUGAUUUGUACAUAAAUAUUCUAGUAACUAGUUGUGGGUGGCUCUUAGUUCAUUAUAUACAGAAUUUUAAAAUUAGGCAGUGAUAUGCUGCUCACCACUGACCCAAAGCAACUAUGUUAACAUUUGAACUUGUUAAAAGAGCUGUGAUUUAUGAAUCACCUUUGUUAUGGUCUUCACCUUUUUAUUUCAGUGAUGAAAUUAAGUUCUGGAAUUUUAAAGAAAAAAUGUAAAUUAUUCCACCUGAUAAUAUCACAAAAUUAUUUUUUGAUAGUCUAAUAUUCUUAUUUAUCUGUAUUCUAGCAGAGGAGCUUAUAUUGGAGUUAGAUGGCAAUGGACUUAUACCUUUUCUUCAUUUAAAAAAAUACUUUUUUUUUCUUCUUCAGAAAAUAGAUGAAGAAGGCAAAAAUUGUCUAGGUGAAGACAAGCUAGUUUUAACAACUGGAAUAUUUAGCCUAUCUUACCUUAUUUUCAUCAGCCAGAAACUGUCUCAUAACCUACCAUUUUUAAGAGUGCCACUAUGUGGAUUUUUUUUCAAGUGGUUAUUACAUUUUAAAAAUACCUCAUACUGAGGUUUUGCACUGAAAUAUCAAAAUUUCAGAUUUCAUGGUUGCUUUAAAAGAAAAAGACUGCAUUUUCUAUAAGUUGAUCCUAAGAUUCAUAAACUACACUUCUAUACUCUGAUAUGAACUGUUUUGUGCUUAUUGUGACUUGCUGUAGUUAAGAUUGAAUGUCAAAUUUUAUUUAGAAAUAUAAAGUCUAUCCUUUAAGAGGUAAGCAGUUGAUUGUUUACACCUAUUAUUUCAAAUUAGAUUUUACUGGCUAAAUUACUGAAAAUUAGAUUUUAAUUAACCUAAAAUGUCAUUUCUCUAAAUCAUAUAUUAUAGGUUGAAAUUUGUAGAAUAUCAUUUGAGAUAAUUCAUUUUUUUAGGUAACAUAAUAUUACUCAAAUUAAGACUUGACUUUUCUUUCUAGUUAAGUUCUGUGCAGUCAUCUCUUCUAACCAAAAGGAGUGCUGAAUUUAGGAUAAUUGCAAAACUACAUUGUGGUCAGAGUGCCUACACUGCCAUAUUCAUUUUCUUUGAUUUCACUCAGUUCAGUUACAAGAGCAAAGAAAACAAAGUAACACAUUUUAAAGCGCUUUGAAAGUAAAUAAAAUAUCAUGUGGGAGAGGGAUGCUCAUGUCAGCAUGGCCUUAGAGUCAGCAGUUAUGUUACAGCUAAAAUGUUGGUGCUAUACAUUCUUUAAAUUGUUUACACAUGUUGCUGAUUUUGCUUAUGCUCCAAAGUGUGCAUGGUGUAUUUUAAUUAGUACUUUAAAGUUGUCUACAAACCUGUGUUUGAAUUCAUGAAUAUCACCUGGUACUCUGAAUUUACUGUUUAUUCAGAGAUGGCACAGAAUUCAAACCAAUACAUGCUCCACAAAAGCCAUGUAAGUGUUUUAAGUGUUGAAAUUAAUCCAUUCCAAUGGCUUGGUUGUCAGGAUAUAUGUUAUGCUAUAUAGGAGCCUUUGAAAAAAGUUAAUAGUUUUACUAUAUAGGUACUUUGCAGAAUGAUUUCAUUUGGGUGUGAAAAAUUCAAGGGGGGAGUCAUGCCUUGUAGGUAUGGUCAACUAGUACAAGAUUGUCUGAAUAAUUGGGUUUUAAAAGCAAGUGAUGAUCUUUUGGUUGAAUUCAUCAGGAUCAUGACUAGAUCAGGUGUGGUUAUACCAUGGUUGCCAAGGAGUGGGAGGGUAGCACACCAGAUAAUGUAUGUUUGAGUUGAUGUUGUCCUUUUUCACUUUUUUUGUGAACAAAGCACAUUUAUUAAAAAAAAAAUAAUCUUCCCA